UCCAAAAUGUUUGUUUAAACUGUAUAUGCUGGACGCAGGAUUUUCCUCCGUUUGUUGAAAAGGAUGGGCUAGGACGGGUCGGAAUACUGAUGACGGAAGCUUUCUAUUUCUAUUCGGAGAUUCGCGCGGUGGCCGGCCGAUCAUGCCGGCCUGAGAAAUAAGCACGAUGUGAACACGACGUGAGCAAGUCCGAGACUUCUGUCUCUUCUUUCCCUUUCAUCAACUUCAACGAUGAUGACGUUGCCACACCGUAGCUCGCCCAACGACGACGAUUCCAUCGAGGACCAGCAGAGCUCGUCUUUUGCCAGUGCUUCUUAUCCUUCAUCUACAAUGCCUGGUGCCUUCACUGAAUGUGAUAACUGUCAUACAACGACGACACCUCUUUGGAGACGGGAUCGCACUGGUAUGAAAAUACUCUGCAAUGCUUGUGGUCUAUAUUCAAAGACUCACAAUGGUUCGGAUCGUCCGUUGAAUGGUAAGACUCCGUCAGAGAGGAGACAGACGGCGAGCAAGUCGAAGCAAGAGCAGGUUGAGAGUAGUCCGCCUCAAGAAUGCUCCAAUUGCUCUACUUCGACAACGCCUCUCUGGAGGAAGACAGACGAAGGGAAGCUCUUGUGUAACGCAUGCGGUCUUUACGUUAAACUCCAUGGACAUAAUCGACCUGUCCACCUGCGAACUGAUGUUAUCCGCCAGCGGUCCAGAGAAAACGCUCGUGUUCGCGUAAAGCGUACCAACACCGGCGAAAUCUCUGUACCUGUGUCGAGAAACCCAUCUAGAACCAGGUCUUCUACUGCCCAGAUUCGUCGCCACUCUGUUCUGGAGGAUGACGACGACGACAGCGACGAAGGUUCUGAUGAACCUGGCUACCGUUCUAUCGGUACCCAGCGCGAUUCAGACUCUGACGACUCGGACUCAAUAGGUACGCCUGAUGAAGGAGGUUCAGAGCACAUUCUUCCUCCGAGAUAUGGUGUUUUCAAAAACCGCUUCAAACGUCAACGCAUCACUAUUGGAGAUUCGGACACAGACUCGAUAGCUUCAAUGGGUUCGCCUUCAUUGUCGUCUCUUGCUGCGGUGGCAGCCGCAGUCGCUGCGGGAGCUUAUUCAGACUCUCCUCUAUCAUUGUCGCCCACUGGCGAGACUUUCGCACCACGACCUUGGUUCCAGAGGUUCGAUCUCUGAUGCGCGUCGAUUCCGUGAUCACCCGAAAUGACAACCGUCUUAUACCCGAGUCCUCUGAUACGGUGUCAAAAAUAAUUGCCUUCUAGAGUGGCGGAAAUUCCGAUGGAUAUCGCCACGGACCAGCUUCCCUCUAUAUUGUCAGCAAAACCUGCUGUUCCAAGGACCUUGCUCCCAUACUCUCGCUCUCUUCCCAGGCUACAUCAUCUUUCCCAAAAUUAGCAUAUUCAUCUAGUUUACUUGUUCUUGAAUACACCCCUAUUUCU